AUGCGUGAGACCCUCAAGGACCGCAUCUAUGCCCUCAAGGACAUGGUCCCGCCCACCACCCGCGCCGCCGUGUCGGACGCCGCCGCCUCGGCCAAGGGCUGGCUCGGCUGGUCCGCGUCCAAGGCCGGCAACGCCGCGUGGAUCGUCACCACCACGGCCCUCCUCGUCGGCAUGCCUCUCCUCCUCUCGAUCGAGGGAGAGGCCGCCCUCGUCCAGCAGGAGAAGGAGUACCUCGCCCAGCCUGGCGCCCCGAACCCGUACGGCGCCCCGGCGCAGCCCGGCGCACCCGCACCGGCCGCCGCUGCCCCGGGCGGCAUCGUCCCCGCCGGCUUCUGA